AUGAUGAGGACGUUUAGCUCAGUGGUUAGAAUUGGUGCCAAAAGGGGGUUUCAGCAGAGUGCGUUGAGGAGUUUGACUAUUCCUUUCCUUCCUUCUUUACCACAGGCACCCGGAGGUGUAAAGGGAGAUGUCAAUGAGGCGUAUAUUCCUCCUUCUCCAACAAAGUUGCAUGGGUCUUACCAUUGGAAUCUUGAAAGAGCGGUUGCAGUUGCAACAAUUCCAUUGGUUGGGAUUCCGUUGGUGUCUGGUGGAAAUGUGUCUGUGAUGUUUGAUUCGCUGCUUGGGGCUGUGAUGCUUGCACAUUGCUUUGUGGGGUUCCAAUCUUGCAUUAUUGAUUAUAUCCCUGAGCGUGUGUACGGGAAGUUUCACAAUUAUGCGGUUUAUUUGUUGGGCCUUGGUUCUGUUAUUUCGGGGGUGGGAAUCUAUAAGAUGGUGUCAGAGGAUUACGGUCUUGUUGGGCUUACCAAGUCGCUGUGGAAGGCCAAAAGCGGGGAUGCCAGGGAAGAGAAGAAGAACUAA